AACAACAGGUCGGCAAAGUUCAGCCAACGAACAACUUCUGAAGCCUUUAAAAGAUGAUCGUUUCUGUCUUUAUUCUUCAUUCUCCUACAGCGUCGCCUUUUGAAACUUUUAAAUUUGGAAACGCUGUUUGUGGUGAUGCUGUCUGGACCUGCAGUCUGGACUAGAGGACCCUCCCUACAGCCUGUGAGAUCACUGCACAUUUAAUUAGACAGGAUCCGCCAAUUAAUGGGUGGUCACACUGUAGCUCUCAGCCUUUUAAAAGCAGCCCGAGCCGAACCUUCAGCAGUGCUCCGAGGCUCCGGCGAGAUUCUACAGGAGGAUGUCUUCCACACUACUUUGUACGCUUAUUUUUCUGGCUUGUGCUUUGACAUUUAGUGGCGCUCAGACGAGCUGUAGAGGACGAUGCGGUGGCGAGUACUACAGGGGCUACAGAUGCCAGUGCGACUAUAACUGUCUGUCUUAUGGAGAGUGCUGCAACGACUUUGAAUCUCAGUGCACCACAAAAAACUCGUGUAAGGGGCGCUGUGGAGAAAGCUUCAAACGAGGCCGGCUGUGUAGCUGUGACUCUGACUGCAUAAAGUACAACCAGUGCUGUUCGGAUUACAAGAACCACUGCGACGCACAAGAUGACUCUUCGGUUCCUCCGGUCGGUCCAACAUCACAUCCACCAGAUGAUCCCACUGAUGAUGUGUCUGGCACGAUCUUUCCCACUGAUGAAUUUUCUACAACUGAACCGGAAGAUCUGGAGGCCAGUCCAGUCCCGGAGAUCAGCAUUGACUAUGAGCUCUCUACAGUUGACCCGCUGGGUGAGAUUUCUACCGAGGCCACCCCGACUACAGCGAGGACACCUUCAGACAACGACGACCUCGUCAGCACCACUGCAGAGGCCCUGAGUGACAGCACGAGUAUGGCAGCAGCUGACCACACUUCCAGCGAGCCAAUGUCAACCUUAAUACCCUCAGUCGAGCCUAGUUCUUCAACCAGCUCCCCACAGCUGGACACGCAGACACCGGCAGUGACUAUAAUGGAUGCUGUCUUUCCCUCUGAUGAACCAGAUAACUCACUGCUCACCAUCACCCCUGCCUCCACAACCAUCCCAGAUGAACCCACUUCAACCCACCCUGAGGAUGUCAGUGCAAGCAGCCCUUCAGUUCUUCCUUCCACCAGUGCUUCCUCAGUGGGAUCUGAGGAGAUAUCAAUGGUUGAAGCUGUGACCACCCACGCUCCCUCACCCACAACUGCAGCGUGGACUGAUGCCACAGACGAUCUGCUGACAGACACCUCCAAACCCACCAGGGCUCAAGAACCAGAGCCGACCCCACCUGUGGAAAAACCAGAGCUAUAUGAGCUAGACCCAGCUAAGCCCAUUUCUAAACCUGACACUAAGCCCCUGGAAACCCAGAAUAUAGACGAUACAGGAGAUUACCAAGCAGACGACAACAAUGAUACAAACCUAUGCAGCGGGCGGCCCGUCAGUGGAGUCACCACACUGAGGAACGGCACAAUGGUGGUGUUCAGAGGUCACUACUUCUGGUUGCUGGACAGUAACAGGGUGCCAGGUCCACCCAGAGGCAUCACACAGGUGUGGGGCGUCCCUUCACCCAUAGACACCGUGUUCACCCGCUGCAACUGCCAGGGCAAGACGUACAUUUUCAAGGGAAGUCAGUACUGGAGAUUUGAAAACGACGCUUUGGAUCAUGGCUAUCCCAAAGUCAUUACAACAGGGUUCGACGGGCUGCGGGGCCACAUCACGGCCGCCCUGUCGGUGCCCCAGUACAAGAGUAGGGCAGAGUCAGUCUACUUCUUCAAGAGAGGUGGAUUUGUUCAGAAGUAUUCAUACCACGCAGGUGUCGGGCCAACAUGUCGCAAGAAAGUCCAGUAUGCCAUUUACACAGUCCGCAACCGAGUAGUUCGACAAGCAGCCCCCCUUUUAGGACCGGCCAUCACCAUUCGGACAUCCUGGAGAGGCUUCCCGCCCGCCAUCACAGCCGCCGUGUCUGUGCCCACAACCACCGAACCAGAGGGAUACAAAUACUUUGUCUUCUCAGGAUCAAAAUCCUACAACGUGAGGUUGGAUGGUGAACGUCCUGUCAUCGCUCCUCCCACAGCCAGCUCAUCACCUCAGUCCAACAACUUCAUCAGAUGUUUACAGUAAAACAACAACAACAAAAAUGUUUUCACUUUGUAAGUUUAUUAUAAUCAUCAUAAAACACAUCAGCAUGGACCGCAAUUACAAGAAA